UCGAAAUAAGCCAGACGCACGAAGCGGGCGCGUUCGUCCGUCGCAGCUAGCCGCUUGUCUCAACACCCGUUUCAUCGUGGGCUCAUGGCUACUCGCUGGCAAUCGACACCUCUACGGCCGAAUGAGCCCUCGGACCAGCGACCUCCUGAAGACGGUGAUGCUUGCACCUUGCGCCUCUUUGCUGCUGGGGACAGAGCCAGGCAUGUGUCGGAAUGUGAAUGGAGCAGCAUUGGAAAGGCUGAAACAUGCACGCUUUCGCAUCCCACCACGAUGGACGCGGCAACAACAACAGAAUCUCCCGAAACGGAUUCUCUGGAAAGGAUGAGCUCGGACGUGUACCUUCCCGAUGUUUCGAUAGGCGGUAAGGCGUUCGAGACCAGACACUACAGACGCCGACUCACCGCGCGGCUCGUGUGCGCCUUCUGCGUGCUGCUGCUAGUCGCCAUCGCGGUGUGCCUCGCCUGCGUCGCAAUGCUACUGCAUGUCGAGCCUCCUCGCGGAGUGUUGGUGGCUGUCGAAGGCUCCCUUGAAAUGGCCCCAAAUAACAGCAACUACUGCGUGGUGGGCACACCUGCUGCAAUUUCGGCUUACAAGUUAGAUACUGUCAAGAGCCUGGAAAAUAAGCUGGAUUCCAUAUACGGAAAUAAGACUGUGGCCAGCAGGUACAGUGGCUCACUGGUUGAAGACUUCAGGUGCCUGCUACGUCCAGGACACGAAGGCGUACGCAUUCAAGUGGACUUCACGCUGUUCUGGCGACGGCGGCGCAACCGUUAUGGCGUGCUGUCACCCUACCCAAGCACAGACGACGUCGCCGACGCCCUGCACGAAGCGCUAACGCUGUCCGACGGUUGGCUGGCCGGGUUCCAGGUCGAUCUGUACAGCAUCAUUGUGGGCGACAGCCGGACAAUCGCCUAGCGGUCAUGUCGGUGUACCGUAUAAGGCCUUCUUGGAAGCCAUUUUUUCACGUUAUCAGGACCUGAAAAGGACACCGCAAACUAACACCAACCCACAAUUUGAUUUAGGGACUAAUAUGUGUAAUAAAGCACCGUGCUUAUAAAAAAACUGCACCCA